AUGCCAGCUGCAAAGGAGGAGGCAUCCGCAGCCAGUGCAACCGCGAACACAGCCGUUCGCAGGAAGAAAAUCACCGCGAAAAAGCCGGCCUCAGACGUCGCGCAGGCUAAGACCGCGACAAAGAAGAAGACGCACACCGCACCAAAGACCAAUGGCAACGCCGCUGCGUCCAAGAAUACGGCCGUCCCCAAGACAAAAAUAACCGCAAAAAAGUCAGCCUCAGACUCCACGCAGGCCAAGACUGCCACAAAGAAGAAGAUGGACACUGCGUCAGAGCCCAAUGGCAACGCUGCUGCGUCCACGAAUGCGGCUGUCCCCAAGACGAAAAUGACCGCGAAAAAGCCAGCCUCAGACUCCGCGCAGGCCAAGACUGCCGGAAAGAAGAAGGCGGACACUGCGCCAGAGCCCAAUGGCAACGCCGCCGCGUCUAGAAAGCGCAAGGCUUCCGUUGAGGCCACCGAUGAGACAGAGCGCACCAAGAAAGUCAAGGCAGAGACCCCCGCGCCCCGUGCCAUUGCCGUUCCCAAGCCCAAGAAGGUCUUCCCGGACAUUGGCAAGAUCGUCAACGAGGUUCCCGGCCAGAUCCUCGACGUCUACGUGUUUGGCGAGGGUACCUCUGGAGAACUCGGCUUGGGCAGCAAGAAGGUGAACGGCAAGAAGCCCAUCGAUGUGAAGCGACCUCGCCUCAACGAAAACCUUGGGGCCAAGUCAGUCGGGGUCAUCCAAAUUGCCUGUGGUGGCAUGCACGCCGCCGCACUGACGCGCGACCACAAGAUUCUGACAUGGGGCGUCAAUGACCAGGGCGCGCUCGGACGCGACACGAACUGGGAUGGUGGUCUCAAGGAUAUGGACGGCAACGACUCCGACUCGGACAGCGACGAUGAUGACACCGGUAUCAAUCCCGAAGAGAGCACACCUACUGCGGUUGGCGAGGAGUACUUUGCUCCCGGUACGAAGUUUGUCCAGGUUGUCGCUAGCGACAGCGCCACCUUUGUCCUGACGCAAGACGGACGCGUCUAUGGCUGGGGUACUUUCCGCUCUAGCGAUGGUGUUCUGGGCUUCACCGAGUCCAUUAAGAUCCAGCAGCGGCCUAUGCUUCUGCCUACCCUCAAGAAUAUUACCGCUCUGGCCGCCGGUUCCAACCACAUUUUGGCUCUUGACACCAAGGGCAACGUCGUUGCUUGGGGUUGUGGUCAGCAGAACCAGCUCGGUCGCCGCAUCAUUGAGCGCAACAAGAUGUCCUCCCUGACCCCUCAGGGCAUGGGACUUCCCCGCGGCAAGAUCGCCAAGAUUGCUUGCGGUGCCUACCACAGUUUUGCGGUCGACAAGAAUGGUGCAGUCUGGGGCUGGGGCCUCAACAACUUUGGCGAGAUUGGUGUUCAAUCCAACGCCGGUGAAGAUGAUGCGGUUAUCCUUAAGCCUGCCAAACUGACCGAUCUGGAGGAUCAUGUCAUUACUGAUAUCGAUGGUGGUGUUCACCAUUCUCUAGCCUGCUCUAAGGACGGCACGCUUUUCACCUGGGGACGUGUUGACGGCUACCAGGUCGGGUUCGAACUCGACGAGUUGAACAAGGACGACGUCAUCUUUGAUGAGAGAGGCUCGCCUAGAAUCUUGGUGAAGCCCACGGUUAACCCCGAGGUAUCUGGCAUCCGUGCUGUCGCCGCAGGCUCUGACAACAACUUUGCCGUUGCUAGGGAUGGUAAAGUCUACUCCUGGGGAUUCUCCAGCAACUAUCAGACUGGUCAAGGCACGAUAGAGGACAUCACGACUCCCACGCAGAUUGACAACACCGCUAUUCGUGGAAAGCAGAUCAUUGGUGCCGGUGCCGGUGGCCAGUUCUCUGUGGUCUUUGGCAAAGCGGAUGCCCAGACCAAUGGAACCCACUAA